GACGGGGAUGAGAGUGUAGACAUGCGCACACUUGCCGUUGUAGAAUCACCGCCAUGAAUACACUUGGAUCACCGCCGUCCCUCUCCGUUACAGCAAUUUUGCUAUGUACUCUUGGUUUGUCUUGCUCACUGAGAAUAGAGGACGUAUCCAUCCCGGAAUACAAAGUUCGCGGUUCGUCGGCCAGGCUCACGUGUACCUAUUCCUUGGGCGACUUCACACUGUACAGCCUCAAAUGGUACAAGGGGGACAAGCAGUUCUACCAGUAUAUACCAGGGAACAAGAAGACCAAGAACACCUUUGUGGUCCCCGGUGUCAACGUGGAUGUUGACAUGAGCAGCGCAGUGACGGUGGUGCUCAAGGACGUGGAGCUGGAAACGUCAGGGAAGUACAAGUGUGAAGUUAUUACCGAAGGACCUUUGUUCCACACCAAGAUCGGGGAGGGAAACAUGACGGUGAUAGUUACCAGCUUGGAGAGAGAGAGAGUUCACGUCAACUGCACGUCACCUUAUUCCAAACCUGCAGCUACGUUGGAGUGGCAUAUCAACGAUGAGUUGUUGAGAAAGCCCAGCUGGCUCCGUCGGUACCCGGCCCAGCAGGAACCGGACGGCCUGGAGACGGCGGUUCUGGGCCUCACCUUCGUCACCAAACGCAGCCACUUCCCCGGCGGCGACUUGCGUCUCAAGUGCGUCGCCAAGAUCGCCACCAUCUACUUCCAGUCGCAGGAGACGUCAGUCAUCGAAACGGGAUUCUUCAAGCACACGCAGGCGGAGGAGAGGAGGGAGCAGUGCCCCAAGAACGUCAACCAGCUGUUUCUCUCUGGUUCUGGCAACUGUUGCCGUUCUGCUAAACACGGGACUGCACGCGGAUUUGGUACAACCGUUCUUGUAGUUAUACUGAACAAGAAGAUGAACAUCACGUAG